AUGCAUGCGGCCGGCAAACCACGACUGUCGUGGCACAUUUUUGGGGAAGCUACCCGAUUGGCCCAAGUGAUGCAGAUGCAUGAAGAAGAUUCGCUGCAGGGGCUCACUUCUCUCGAAGUAGAGUUCCGCCGACGAGCAUUCUGGAUUGCCUAUAUCGGCGAUAAAUCGGCAGCCAUUCUGAACAAUCGUCCGAUUACUAUUCACAAAUAUUCAUUCAACUCUGGCAUCACCAUUGGCUAUCCAACAGGGAUCGAAGAUGAGACAAUCUUGACACCGGGUAGUGCUGUUCCAGAUGCUGAGAGUACUCAAAAGAGUUUCAUUGCAGGAUUUAACGCAAACAUUCGGCUCUGGCAAAGUGCAUCCGAUUUGCUUUUAGAGAUGCGAUUGUUGGAUAGUCACAAAAAUGGGAAUUUACUUCCUCGUCAACCUCCCACAGCAGAAGAAAGUCACAGGCUUGACCAUCUUUACGUGCUUUUUGCAACGUCUCUCGAUGACCUGCCCUCCUUCUUACAAUAUGAUCAUCUUAUGUCAAACGCCAACAAAGACAACCAACGGCUGUCUAGACUCACGAGACUACAUAUCAUUCAAGCAGCCAACGUAUACGUCUCGUUGCACUGUCUGAAGAUGGUAAUCACACAGAAAUUUGAAGAGUUUAAUUACUAUCCUCCUGCGCCAAAUGAAAUGCUGUUAUUACGAAAAACUGAUAUUGCACGCGAUCUUCUGCGAGUCAUUCGCGAUGCCCCUUUCUGGGCAUUGCAGAUUAACGGCGAACCAUGUGUGGAGAAGAUUAGACUCAUAGGAGCUUGUCUCCUCGAAAUCAUCGAUCAGCAUGAAGCAUCUCCUCUGUCGGCUCGAGCGCGUAAUGAUCUCCCAGCUCGUCAUUCAAUCCAAUUCUUUACUUUGGACAAUCCUGAUAUGCGUCUCCACGAGAAAUUUGGUCAUGUCUUGACAUGGACAACCCUGGUCAAUGCUCUACCAUCGGCAUCUGGACAUACCAAAGAGCCCUCAUGUCGUUUUGCCCAUCAGUAUUCCCAAAAGCAGAUCCUCCAGGAUCCCACUGCUUUUAUCAACGACAUGCUGUAUUGGGAGGGCAAGUUCCACCAAAAUAACAUCUCAUACAACAGCAACAAUGGUAUCUCCUACGAUGGCACCAAUAUCGACUGGGUGACCGGAAAGGCAACAGCCAAGCACACGUUCAGUGCUGCUAGCAAAGAGUCCCUUCAAAUCAUGCUGUAUACCCAGGCUGUUGCGGGCUCUCCAGAGGCUGCUCGGUUCCUCUCACCUGAGAACACAGCAGAUGCCCCCAAAAUAGCUGCUUCUAUUAUGCAGAAAAAGUUGCAGACUUAUCUCAAAUUCAACGAGACUUACCCAGGCUUUGGAGGUUUCUUGCCCUGGGUCUCGGCGGAUACUCUGGAGAUGACUCCAAGAUCGGAUUGGGUCAACCGCGUGCCUGCUCUUGAUAACGGUGAACUUGUAUGGGCUGUAUAUGGCUUCAUCCAGGCCCUUGAAAACACAGGCAAUAAGAACUAUCGGGAACUCGCGCAGAAAUGGCAGGUUUGGAUGGACUACACUAAGACUACUGCCGCUAAGAUCUUCUACAAAGGCAAUGGCCGGGUUUGUACCGUCAUUGAUAUCAAAGAUCAGUCCCUCCCCGUCAACCACCCGGAUCAGUCGUAUCUAUGUGAGACUAAAGAUCUACUCGACGACCCUUUCGAAGGCGAAGUUUUCACUUUUUGGCUGCAAUUCUUCGGCGGUCUGUCGAAAGCCGAUAAACAAGCACUCUGGGAAGUUAAGAAAUCCCAGUUAGUGAGCGUGGACUACGAACUCGGCGAGUUCGGGCCUAUCACUGUCCAAAAGGGCUUUUGGUUCUCCAGCCACGAAACCUGGAAGGUUUUGGAGAUGCCCUACUACGACAUCGACAUUGUCCGUCGCGUAUUUAAAAACGCCGAGCGCGUUCGAACCUGCAACUCAGUUGCCACGAAAGUGCCCGGCAUGUUCGCCUCAAUUAACAACAUCACCGACCCCUCAACAGGCGAUGUAACAGGCUAUAUCUCAAACGCUGGUAUCCCCUCGAUCUCGAACCAGACUGUCCAGGAACUAGACGUCAUUACGCCGUACAGUGUAUUCCCGACAAUCUUGGUCAACAAGUCUGUCGGACUCGCUUGGUGGAGAAACAUGGUUGUUGCUAAGAAAAUGCAGAAUAUCUAUGGCAGCACUGAAUCCACUCGUGUUGAUGGAACUGGAGUUUCUGCCCUUCUCACUUGGGACAGCAAGGUCACCACCGUAGUCGCAAUUUUGGGGGGAGUGACCGAUUUUGUUCGUCAGAAGAUGAAGGCGGAUAACGUAUAUGAUGAGUUUGUGGACAUCAUUGAGGCUGAGUACUCUCGGGUCUUCACGCAUCUCAAAGGAGAAAACGUCGACUUCUGCCUCCCCCAGGAGGCUGUUCCUGAUGUAGGAUUGGUUGAUUUCACACUUUGCAACUAG